AUGCUUUUCAGUCAAUAUCUCCCGUCGUAUGACGAAGUUGGGAGAGUCAUAUGCCUUAUUGUGUCCGCUACUUAUGCUGCAUAUCCAUUUAUGCAAUUUGGAAUUGUCUACAAUCGUGUUAUAGCCCUUUUCCUUCCCUUCAAAUUCGACAAACUCUGCCCUAUCCAAGCAGCUUGGAUUUUCGUAACGUUAGGGUUAUUAUAUGCUGCCUUCUUCGUCGCUCAUCAGUUAGCCCAUGGAUGUCGUUUUGCAUAUGACGCAAAGACGUUAAAUUGGCAGUAUCUCAACUGCCCUUAUGAAGACAGAAAAUACUUUUACAUAUUCCCUGUUUUAAUCAUGACAGCCGCCGUUUUGAUAUUGAACUCAGUUGUUGCUUUCCAGCUUAUGAUAAAGAAGCUCAAAGCGACCACAUCUUGUUUAUACGAGAAAAAGAAUAGAAGAAUGUUUUGGCAGGGAUUUGUGCAAGAUGUCUUCAACGCCAAUGAUCUUAUUUGGCAAUGUUUCCUAAGUGGUUUGAUAAAUUCGCCAAUAUGGGUUUUUAUCGCGGACACACUCGUUUGGGAAUUGUCACCCAUUUGUGACGGGUAA